CCAGCUUCCCCACUGCAACUACUAGCUAGUCUAGCUUGCGUUAUGCAAUUUAAUCUACGCGUCCGCGAGAAAAAAAGAUCUUUUUCCAAUUUGACUUUGCACGAACGAGUCGCAAUCGGCGGUACCGGUCCUACCGGACUUCGCUCUAACCGUUGGAAGUGUAGCUCCGAGAUCAAUUUCGCCGUGUUUAUGCAUUACGAGAAAAGGACAACUGGACACACCUCGUGAUUAGAUUCGAUAAACUAAUGUGCUCUAUGGAUGGUCGGAACGGCUUUAUCUCUGUGAGGGAAAAAUAGAUUCAUCAAAGCGCAAGCAUGCUUGCUAUCGUGGAAUAUUAGAUUGAUCAUAUGCAUUUUCGGUGAAACGCAAUAAAACCAAGACCCUCGGAUAUACUAAUACACUCAUGCCAGUAGAACUCUCACACAACCCAGGGUAUCUAGAAUGAAUCGACUUACACGCCCACCAUCACCAUGACACUUCUUCUCGAAACUCUCCCUAAUACACUCCAGCAUCAGCCGUUCCACUCCCUCCACCAUGGUCCCCUCCCCCCGACGUCCCUCCAUAAGAAUCCCCUCCACCACCAUGAUGAUGAUGCCCUCCCCCAGCAGUCCCAUCGUACACAUUCCCAAUCCCACUACCCACCAACAUCGUAUACCCAGUUUGCGCUGCAUAUGCAGCAUACACCCCUUCCAUCCCUACAAUCCCCACCCCAUCUCCCGCAUACCCUGCAUUCCCACUCGACUUACUCUCACCUCCAACAGCGGCAGCGCCAGCAGUACUCGGAACAACGUAUUUCAGCUGCUGUGCUGUGUUGUCACUCGCCGUUGCCGAUAUCCGGCUCCGACGCCGAUUUUGUAGAUCGCCAUCUCCGUCUACUGCAGUAGCGGUGGCGGGUGCAGGAGCGUAACCAUCUUUGAGCGUCAAUGUUUGACCUGGUCGGCGACGACCGGUGCUGGGAUCGCGGCGGUGUUGUCGGACUGCGGGCUGCGUUGGUGUUGGUUUUGCGGAUUUGGACUGGUGGCAGCCCAUUUGGUGUCGUUCUCGGGAAGAAGUGCGAUGACAGAUGGUGUGUGUAUGGGUGGGAUUUCUUAACUCCUUU